AUGAGCUUCUUACUGCCCAGCGACUCCGAGACGCUCGCGGAGGCGCUGGCGCUUGUCGACGCCUUCGACACAUCGGAGGAUGGCGCCACACCCGAGAGGGACGCGAAUACACAUCAGGAUCGAGGCCCUGACGCCGGCGUUGCAGUCAGCGAGGCUACGAUGGACAAGCAUGAGAGGGCAAGGACCAAGCGCAAGAGUGCAUGUCUGGAGAUGCAGCUGGAGCGAUUGAGGUGCGAAAAGUCAUCGGCUCUCAACACGAUGCUCAUGUUGACCGCUGACGGUGGGGACACUCGUCUCCAGUCUGCCCAUACAGCGAGGACUAAUGACAAUGGGGAUAAGCCGUUGUUCUGGCUGCAGAAAGCAGCAGAUGAGGCCUUACAACGGCAGAAAGCGGAGCAGUUGAAUCUCAAGCACUACGAUGGCUGUUACAAAGAGCGUCUUCAGCGUCUGCAGCCAAGCGUUAACUACGUAGUGAAGAGCUACGUUGUGAGAGCUCACGACGAAGCAGGCGAGCGCACGCUCCACGGAGUGACUUGUGCGCGGAAAGUGAAGGAGCGAGAUCGGAUCGUAUACAUGUGGACGUCUGCUACCGUGCCGUCAGAUAGCGGGUCUGCUGGCGGUAAUACCUGCAAGCUACAUUUUCGGGAGAACGGUUGGGCCAUGCUGUCACGGGCGCCUGACGAUCCGGAGCACCGAUCGGUAUUCCAGACAAGCUACGAGGUGCGCGGCGAGCCAGAAGAUACUGACGCGGCCAAGUUCUUGCCGACGCCGAACUCGAGCCGUCUCUGUCGGAGCGUCGUGGAGGUUCUGAGCAGCACGCUGCGAGCAACCCACGAGCAGCUCCAGGACCCAUCGGGGCCUAUAGCCCCUAGAAUCGGUUGCAGUAGCUAG